AUGCUUCGACCUGCCAACGUGGCUGAAGACUCUCCCGCAGACCGAGUCGGCCGAGCACUUGACGAACUCGCUGCGAAUGUGUACCCGCCGCGUGUGCAACGCCUACGAAAAGUCGCACGCUUGGAGCAUGCUGCCUUUUUCCUUGCCAAGAAGCACAGAGCCGAGAUCCAGUCGGUUAAAGUCGGCAUGUUCAACAACCUGGAUGCAUGGAGUUGUUUGCCUCAGUAUCGAGAAGCAGUCGGCGGGGGCCAGCUUUUCGACCAUGCCCUUGCAGUCGCCGCAUGGUAUUUGGCCGUGCUCGACGGAACGGGGCCAGUCGAGCGAGACUUCUCUAAGAUCAGAGAAAUAGUCGAGGCGCAUUCAGGUCCACUGGAAAAUCCAGAGAACUUGGCGCUGCUUUGCUUCCACCUCCCGGAGCACGAGUCGGCAGACGGCGAUAUCUCCUGUGGCCUGACGGCUCUCAGUCGCCAGUGGCAAGAAGCUUGGGUUGAGACUCACGGCAGGCGGUUUUGCCUGUACAAGAGUCGCAAAGACGCCGGAGUCGAAAGGGUCAAGAAGUCGAACACGAAGGUGGCCUUGAAACGCAGUCGAGACAGAGCAGCUCAAGAGCUGCUAGAACGUGCCAAGGAGCGUGGAGGGCAAGCGCCCUCCAUAUUCGGAGGCUCCGUAGGCGACCUCCGUGCUGCGAUGCAGGACAUGGACGACGAGUCGGCAUGGAGCAAGGCGCUUCGCGAUUUCGACAAAAACACAAAAAGAAAAGUCGGCCAAAGCCAGAAGCAGAAGCACUUGCAUUCAGUCGGCAAGCAGGCCUACGACAAGCCUGCUGAACGACCGGGACGGUCGAUCGCACCAGCGCCGACGACACAGUCGCAAGUCGAGCAGGCCAGAGAGUUCAGGCGCACCAAGUUCAGUCGCAUUCUCAACGCCUGCGACGAGGCCCUGCCAGCGCAGAGAGUCGCCAGCAGCAGCUGCUUCAUCCAGAGUUGUGCAUCCCUCACGGCAAUGGCUUUGGUGAAGAUGCUUGCACUGGGCACCCCAACGUGCAUCAUAGUCGACAAGCACCUGGAGUUUACCCGAAAGUCGCUCGGACUCUUGGAGCUCCCAGUCGUCGCUUUGGGUGCAACAGUGGUGCAGAAGACAGACAUGACUCGUGGGUUGGGUGCCAAGACGUAUCUGCCGAGCAGUCGCACCGGCCAAGAUAGGGUCAUUUCUUUGACCAGUCGUUUCGACGAGAAACACAAAGUCGUCGUGCAGCAGCUGAAGCACAUCGCUCGUCUGCCCGAGUCGAAGUGGACAAUCCUCGAGGGCGCUUCGGCGCCUUCGCGCCGGCCUUUCAGUUGGAGCUCGAAGUCGCUGACUCUCAACGACAGCAGCGACCUCGUUCGCUUUGUGGCUGCUGCAGUCGUCAUCGCUCAGAGUACAGAGGGCGUAUCUUGUAGUUUUUUGGGGAACGAGUGA